AUGAACGGAUCGAAUCACUUUGAUCUUCCACCUUCCAUGCGAGCUUUGGAGUAUAGUGAAGCUCGAAAGUUCAGCAUCGUUGAGAAGAGUCUUCCGACAAUUCGCGAGCAUGAUGUUCUAAUCAAAGUAAAGGCCUCCGGAAUCUGUGGUACAGACCUUCAUAUUCACGAUGGUGAAUUUGGAGCCCAGUUUCCGCUUGUCCCCGGCCACGAGACCGUCGGUGUAGUUGCAGCAUUUGGCAGCAAGGUUCAAGAUUUCAACAUUGGAGAUCGUGUAGUGGCAGACAACUCCGAGUUAUGCGGACACUGUCAUUACUGCCGUCGAGGCAAGGAACUUUUCUGCGAGAAUUUUAUCGCCCAUGGCGUUAUGGUUGAUGGAGGAUUCGCGGAAUAUGCUUCGUACCCGGCAAACCGUGUGUUCAAAUUCAAAAACCUCUCGGAUGUGGAUGCGACAUUGUUAGAGCCCGCUGCCUGUGCGGCUCACGGACUGGAUAAGAUUGCUCCUCAAAUGGGUUCCAGCGUGCUUUUGUUUGGCGCGGGCCCGACGGGACUUAUCCUGGCUCAGCUUCUUCGUCAAAAUGGUGGGUGUCAUACUGUUAUUGCUGCACCGGCUGGGUUGAAGAUGGAGCUUGCUAGGUCUCUUAACGCGGCCGAUGAAUUUGUCGAGCUCCCCCGCGAUGCACAAGCAGCGGCUACUAAGAUGGAGGAACUUCGAAGCAAGAAUCCGUAUGGUUUCGACAUUGUCGUUGAAGCUACAGGUAACGCGAAAAUUCUGGAAAAUGCCAUCAAAUUUGUGACAAAAGGUGGUAAGUUGGUGGUAUACGGUGUUUAUGGUGAAGAUGAUCGCGUUUCUCUACCACCGAACAAGAUUUUCAAAGAGGAGAUAAAUUUGAUAGGGUCUUUCAGUCAAACCUAUAAGUUUCCAGCUGCUAUCAACUAUCUUGAUGGAAAGCGGAUUCAUGUUAGUGGAAUUGUGAACAAGACAUUUAAACUGGAAGAAUGGCAGGACUGCCUUGACGCAAUGAAGAAUAAGUCGGUGAUUAAAGCCGCACUUGUGUUCGAUUAG